AUAAAAAUGUGUCUUCUAGUGUUUAAGGUUUUAAUAUCAAAUUGAAUAUUAUUCAAGUGGUAAAUACCUUUAUUUAAGAAUUAUUUACAUGUUGAAUAAUCAAUUUGGCUGACUACAUGAGGCAAUUAAUUCAAAUAGAUUUGGUAUUUAAAUCGGGGGAGUGUUCAAACCUUAAUCACUAAGAGAAGCAGUUUAAAAGAUUUUUGUGAUUCACAAUUUCACAAGUUUGUGAUCAUCAGACAUACAAAGUUGCUUUAUCUGCUGGAAUAAGUUUCAACAUGAUAGGUUUUUUUUAUCUUAAUCUAGGUCAACCUGUAUGGACAAAAUAAUAAAGUUAUAGUGAUUGUUAUUAAAUUGGACAGGAUAUUAUAUUGUUUUGUUAGGAGUAAUCCUCUAAAAUCCUUAAUAAUCCUUGAAAAGAUCAUGAUGGAACUGAGGAAGUAUUAAGCUUGACAGAAUUAUGUGAAAAUUUGGCAAAUAGAGUUGACUACAACAAAGUGAGUGACAGGCAAUGAAAUAACUGGAAAUAAUACAUGUAAAAAGUAUGGCAUUUCUUGGAGGCUACAGUGAAGAUUUUGAUCUAGAUGACGAUGGAAUUUUACGAGAUUCUGUGGAAUCUGGCGGGAUUCUUAUUGACGAUGAAGGAAUUGUACGAGACGACUUUGAUCUGCUAAGCAAACAUGGUAGCUCCACCCACUGGACAGAUUCAGGUCUAGGGGGAGAUAAACAAUCAAGCACUCCCUCAACAUUACGUCAACUAGACCUUCAAUCUUAUGACUUCGAAGACGUUUCACGCAAUUUUGAUGAAAGUAAUAUAAAUAUCAGUGAUUUAGAGGCGUCGAAAGAUGAUUUAAGUUUUGAUGCUGAUUUUGAUGAUACAGGUGAUAAGUCUCGAGGCCGACUAACUCCAAAAGGAAAUAGGAGUGGUCUUAGCAGCAGAAGUAGCUUUGAUCAUUCGUUAAACUAUGAUGAAAUUCUUGAUCAUGGGAUUUCACAAGGAGAAGAUAAAAAGCAGGAUUUAUUUGGUGAAGAAUAUUAUCGACAGUUGCAAGAAUUAGGUGUUCUUGUUGACGAGGAGGAUUUUGCAAAUCCAAGAGAUUCGUUACAGGAGUUUGAAAAUCUAGAAACAAAUUAUUCACGAGAUUACGAUAAUGACGAAACGCGAGAUGAAAUUGAAGAUUUUUUAAAUCAAGAUGGACCGGACGCUACCCGAGAGUCUAUGGACAUUGAAUUACCUGAAAAUAAUGGCAGACAUGCAGAAGUAAAAGUGUUUGAGAGUCAUGGUUUUGAUUCUUUUGAUCACCGUCAGUUUGAAGUAAAUGAGGGAAAACGUACAAGACCAAAUACUGCUAGCUCUACUAGAACAAUAAGUAGUCGAUCAUUUCCUGAAAUAUCUCCAGAGGAAGCACUUGAACUUUAUACCGAAAGACUUCAAACUCUUGAUCAUGAUAAUGAUAGUAUAACGUUUGAACAAACACAGAGUCAGCGAACUGAUCACAGUGAUACUGAGGAUAUAAAUGAUGAUGAAAUAUUCUUUGUUGCAAGUCAAGAAAAUGAUGGAGAAAGUCCAAAACCGGCAAAAAUGCCAGCCUAUGAUAAUGAAAAUAAGCCUUCGUUAACACCCCAAAAGAGAAAUAAGAACAUAUCAGGACAGCACAGUGAUGAUAGUAGGUCAAAUACUCCUCAAGGUCAAACAUUAGAUUAUGAUGACGAGUCUGACAGAAGUAGGUCAGUAACUCCUCAAGCAGAUGACAAUAAUCAGGAAAAUAAUGGUUAUCAAAGCAAUGAUGAGAGAUUCGUUGAUUCAUUAACGCAAGUUUCUCGCCUCGACUCGCGUAAUAAAACACAAAGUGAAAGUGACACAUUUAGACCGGAUUCUGCUCUUAGUGAAUUAUCCUCUGCCGCGUCAGAAAGUAGGUCAGCUCGACCAAAAAUGAGCAAAUCACAAGGGAAGCCACCUAUGCAACAAAAAGGUGGUAUGUCUCAUGCAAGGUCUCAGGAAAGUUUCUUUGAUCAUGAAACUGGGAUGUUCAAGAAAUUGGAGAAAGGUCCGAAAAGGUUGUUACCAAAACCAAGCCCAGUUGAUGAAAAUCAACCCCUUAAAGUCAAAAGUAAAAGUGCUACAAAUCUUAAUGUCAUGGGUCCAGUGAAACCAACUCACAUGACCUUGUCUGAAAUAAGGAAUAUUAAUAUUGACGAUCCGUUACUGGACUUACAGGACUUUGAUAAAAGUGAACCUAAGAGCAGUGCCUCUGAUGUUCCGAAAGGGGAGUUAACUCAGAAAUUGAAGCAAGAGUCUAGUAAGCGUCAACAAGCUACUCACCUAGUGAGGCAACUUCAGUCAGACUAUGAUAAACUUUUGUCAAAAUAUGCUCUAGCAGAGCUUACAAUCGACCAGAUGAGACUCGGUGCUAAAAUAUCAAUUCAUGCCAAUUCACCGACUCCAAGCCAGGCUACAAGUGGUUCCCUGCAAUCAGCACAGCAUUUACAGAUGUUACAGCUAGGUGGCGCUCACCGUGGUUCAAUAACGUCUGCUUCACCUUCUAUGUCACAACAAAAUGUCUUCUUUCCAGAGAAUCAACCACAGGAUGGGUCAGAAAGUCGCAUGCCACAGCAUCGUGGUACUUCCCCUGCAUUGCUACCCAGGUCAGAAUCCACCAACAGUAUGGACUCUACGAGCACGCCCCGGGGAGAUGUGGAGGAGCCUGGAGGUAUCGCAAACGAUGCAGAGAAAGUCAAACUGGGUCUCCUCUUCCAAACCAGAAAUCUUGAUGAAAGGAUGCAGUCAUUCCAAGCAUUACUUGGUGAUAAUCAGUUGACAGUAGAAGAGCAGGAAGGUGUUUUUGAUAAAAUACGUACGGAUCACGAAAAACUACGUAGAGAUUAUUUACAGUCAAAAGAAGACUAUAAUGUAUUACGAAGGUCAACCCCAGCAGGGUUAGAUGUCGCAUUUGACCAGGAGAAAGAACUGGAAGGAGAAUUGUUCAAACUAGGAAUGAAAUUUGAUGAAAUUCAUGAAAAAGUGGACGAAAACUUGAAAGAAAAAUCUGCCCAAAGGCAGCCAUUUCAGAAAAAGCAUCAAGAAAGUGGGACCUCUCCAGACACUUCUAUGGAUGUGGAUCCAGCAACAGAAAAUGUCAAGAAAAAGAUGGAGGGUAUAAGUGCAGGAAAUGACCUGUUAGAGCCAAAACGUGAUUCUGAGUUUGAUAAUAAGUUAAAACAUUUACAUGAGGAAUAUAAUGCAUUAAUGGAUAGAUACCGGAGAUUAAAACAAAUGGCUAAAACACCAGAACGUGAGAAAGAGAUAGAUAAUCUAGUGAAGAAACUGAGGAAAAUUUGCAAAGAAGAGCCAGAAAUAUUCAGAUUGCCGUCUGACCUUCAACCAGGCAAUGAUACGCCACGUUCUCAGAAAGCAAUAAAGUCUGAGACGGCCCAUACGCAGAAAACAGGAAACGUUGGAACCUCAGACUCGGUUAAACCUCCCACUUCCGAGAAACGUAAACUCCCGCAACCAAAGUCUGAUAAAGCUCCGGCCAAGGUUACGGAUAAAUCUCCGGCCAAGUCGUACGAAAUUUUAACGGCUUCGGAAACAUGGAGUCUUGCGGAGAGUAUUGAUAGAUGGGCACAGAGUAAAGAGGCAGCUGACGAGGAGAGGAGACAAAUGUCAAAGUCUACAGACAAUCUAAACUCUUCAAUGGCCUCUAACAGAUCAUUCCGUAGUGACAGAGGUGGGGAUUAUCAUGACGAGACGGACUCGCGGCUUCAAAACAGACAUCGUAGUGGUAGUUACAGUAGUUUAUCCAGUAGAGGGCGCCACACACCUGACUUCUCGUCACAUGAUAGAGAAUCACCAGUACCAAGCCUUCCUCGCCCUCGUCGACAUGACUUUCCUGACAGGGAGAGACGAGAUAGAAGGGAACUUAAAAAGAGCAUGGAGUCAUUGCGGGCAAGCACUAACAGUCUUGCCACAGACAGUGGUAUAGAUUCCGUUUACACCCCAAAGUCUCGUACUAAGAAGCCUGACUGUGGAAGCACAACAAGUUUACAGGAUAGUGGUAUAUCUGAACAUGAAGGUGGGGCAACAGGAGGUCAAUCUGGACAAAGUAGUCCCCUGUCAAAGUUACCUGGACCAGGGAAGUUCAAACAGAUGACCGGGCGAAGAGAACUUGAUACAGACAGUGGCUUUAUUGGGUCAAUGGUAGGGUCAGAGGUCAGUGCUGGUAACCUGUCAUCAAGGCGGCAACCUCCUCAGUCACCUGUACGGUUAAGGCAGCCUGGGGAUAUGCCAAAUCAAAGGCCAAGUUCCCGCCAAAGUAAUAGAUCAGAAGAUAGUGCAAGGGGGACAACUCCCAGGUCCGCCAGGUCUGUAGCAUCAUCCAAGUCAUCAAGACGCACACCUACAAAAGCUUUCCCGCUUCCAGAAUCACAGCCAACAGAAAAUGAGGCACGGGCUAAAACACCGAACAAAGAGGAACGAAGAACUCCAUCCAGAUCUGAUAGCAAAGCAAAAACAAGAGAACAACAGCUGCAGACGUCGGGUAGAUCACGUGACUACACAGAUGAUAGCUAUACUUCAGUUACGGAGAGCGAGAUGAGUUUUGACUCGGAGAUGAGAGGACGAAGGAGCAAGCCAAAUAGUCGCAACACGUCAUUACGAAACAUCGACAAGAUCAUGGAGGAUAGUGAGGAAGACCAGUAUUCCAUAGAUCCAACAUUAAAUGAAACCACCGAUCUCAAUUUAUCAUGGAUAACCUCCGACUCUGAAAGGCCAAGUACCGUACAAUCAAAGCGAAAGGAGAAAAUACAAGCUACACCAAAAAAGUCACAGGAAUCUUCCAAAUCUGGGUCAAAGGUCACUACAAAGCAGGGCAGAGGGCAAUCACAGCAACAAGGUAGAGGUCAGAGUCAGACGCCUACAAGAGGUGGAGAUAGAAGGCGUGGUGAAAUGACAGAUGAAAGUACCACAUCAACGAUGUCAACAAGGGACGUAACUCAGGAUAUGACUCAAGAUACGACACAGGAUAGCUACACGUCAGACGAGACUACGCCAAGGUCAGUGAUAGAAAGAGAAAGAAAACAGGCCAAAUUAAAGCAGCAGUCAAGGCCAAACCAGGAAACAAAAACUAAAAGAGGGCCUUCCCCAGCAAUGGAGAUGGCGCCACCUCCACGUAAUACAACACCUGUCAAGGCUGCAAGGUCAGAAGUUCAUCCUAAGAGAUUGUUAGACAGUACUUUAGACUCAAGCCCAGAAAGGCCGAGGGCUGAGCCUCGCAGGGCUCUAAAACCAAAAUAUGUGGACAGAAGUAUAGGGUCCGGUGGCGAGGAGACGAUAUUAGCCUCUGAUGCUGAAACCGCGGCAUCUGGUGCUACCAGAGGCUCGGCAAACAGUGCCAGAAUCAAGUUGUUAUCUGACGAGAUUGGAAAAUUAAGGGAGGAGUUUGUAAAAGCCAAUAAUGAGAAAACACUGCAGCAACCUUUGGCCCCUCCCCCAGCUCUGCCUCAACAACAACAGGAUCAGUAUUAUGACCAAUAUUUUGACCCGACUGAGGAUCCACUUGCAUUUAUGAGAGGGCCUAGGAGAAGAGCCAACUCAUUUUCUGGUCAUGGAGGGCGUGAUUGGGAUUAUGAUUGGACGUUGCCGAAUGUACAUCGUGACGGUGAUAUUCCCCUUGGAUACGCUGCAGCAGACGCCUACGCUACACCUAGACAUAAACAUAAACAAGAAGAACCUCCAGUUGAGGAGAGUAGAACAAGGGGAAGACACAGACUGAGGCGAAGAAUUCAUCAGAGAAGUAUGGGAACACAACAUAUACCUGAUCAAAAUGGUUACGAAUCUGACCAGUCUCCAACAAGGGUACACGCAGAAGAAGUGCAAGCAUCUCCAAACAAAGUUCAGGGGCAUUAUGGGUAUUAUUCGCCUCAGCAGAGUGCAGGAGUCCCGACACAACAAAACAUCCAAGUUAAAUCUCCAGUAAACAUGCAGCCAGGAAGACGUGUUUUUGGUUCCCAGCCUAACUUAGCUUACACAGGGUAUCAACCACCUCCCCCACCUAGAUCUACAGCCUCCGGAUCAACAAGAUCAGCCAGCCAAACAUCAUCAUCACGACCCCUCAGACAAACACUUUACUCAUACGCUGCCAACCCAACACAAAAUAGAGCGGGUUACAAUCAGACAGAAAUUCAACCUCCACCAUACGGUCAUCAUCGACAUCGUCAAUAUGCCAGUGACGAUAUACGUGUGAACGAUGGACAGACAAGGUUUAUACCUAAUGGUGCUUCUGAUAUCCAUAGUGCACAAAGUGAAGGUGGGAUUUAUACAUCGUCCUGCCCUAUGUGUGGCAGCUCAAGUUACCACUCACAUGGAGAUUUUGUGUACCCCCCAGAAGAUCAUAGAGUGCCAUUAGGAUACAUUGUUCAUGAUGGAAGACAAAUUGUUGAGAGCAUUCAAGUUCCUGUCUACUCACUCCCUCCAAAUGAAGCCCCUCCUACCCCCAGACCAUUAUCAUCUCAAUCCUUCAGGAGCUCAUUACCAUUCAGAAUGUACAAGGCUCCACCUCAUAUAAAACCACACCUAUUUCCUAUUAACAUACCCAAGAAAAUCACACCUUCUCAUGUAACAUUCCAAACUCCGCCCCCUGCAAGAAAUCAGCCAAUGACAGUCAUUCAUGAUGCAGAGAACGAGCCAAUCAUAGAGAUGGACUCUCCCUUUGAGGAGAGCCCAGAACCAAGGACCAGAGCUAGGUCAAGGUCAUGGGGUCGUGCAGGAAGAAUACGGCAUUAUUCACCAGAUGGUAGAGUUAGAAGAAGUAGAUAUUUUGUGCGGGAAUUUGGCAAUGUUGAAAGUGAAAGUGCUGAUUCAGAGGAGGAAGAAGCACCUAGAAGAAGAAGUCGAAGUGUUGGUAGACGAAGGAUGCGGCACGGACGUAAAUAUCGUCGUGUUCGUGGAGAGGAAGAAUAUGAGAGUGACAGAGGAUCACAGUCAUUGAGUUUGAAAAAAUCAAGAAAAAAGAAAAAAAGAUCAAAAUCUCAACCAAACAUCAAUGAUGCUGCUGAGGAGACAAAGGGGGAUAAUCCAUCCCCUGAUAUAAAAAUUUCGGCAGCUGGGGAAGAUGAUUUAAACCGGUCAUUACGAUUAGUCGGGGAGAUUGACGAGUUAACUCAUAAGAUGAUGGAUACAGUAAGUGGAGAACUUGCAAUGUCACGUCGGAGAAAAGAUUUUGGGUCAUCAGUUUGGUAGGAUGAAUCCGAACAUCAGCAUUAUGAUGGUGAAAAAUGUGAUAUUUGUAAUGUAGAUACUGCAAUGGUAUAGAGGACGAAUUUCAUCAAGUAUCACUUUAUUGACGACAGAACAGAAUUUCCCAAUUGAAAUUAGAUUUAAUAGAGCCAGUUUCAUUUGUAUAAUUAUAAUCAGGGACUCUGUAGAUAUUUCAUAAAAUUUCAGUACUGUUCAAUUAAAAAUGAUACCAUAAUAUAUUAAAUUUUCUGUAACCAUUGUAAAAAUUGCUGAAAAUUUUUUACAUGGCUUUUAUAAUAUACGUGUACAUGAAAUUAAAUUAGGGAAAAAAGCAUUAAGUAUGUAUGAAAUCAAAAUGAUGUUGAAUAUAAGUACAUAAUUGUAUUAAAGUGAAAUUGGAUAUGAAUGAAAUAUGGAGUUAUGUAACUGGCAUACAAUUUCAUGAGCUUCAUCCAGUACAAGAAUGAAUAAAAUGCAUUUAGACAUGGAAAACAGAAUUCACAAAUGGAAGAAUUGUGAAAGACUGUCCUUAAAUAUUUAAUAGUGUAUUACAAGUUAACACUUUAGAAAGUUUUUAGUUUUAAGCUAAAAUAAAUUUCAGGACGGAGCACCAUUUGUUCACUGAAUUGUUACUGUUUAUUAUAUAAAUUGUUAAAGUAUAAUUAUGUUAUAUUAACCUGGAAAUCAAAAUGCUUUUUAUUGCCAUGAUUUCAUUUUAUUUAUCAUAUUGCAUUUAGUGUUAAUGUCUGUGAACUUUGGUUCUUGGAAUGAUAUUUUAGUCUUUAGAACAGCUUUUUUCUGUGAAUGUUUUGACUUUUUUUGUCAAUUUUUUCCGUCCAUGACUUUUACUUUUUAUAUGUGUUAAGACUUUUUUUAUAUCCAUAUAUAAACUAGAAAUUAAUUAUGAUAUUGUUAGAAUGAACCAGUGUUAAACACUUGCUGUGGUAAAUGGUUGACUUACCUUAGCUUAUUAACUUAUAGAGGAAUGAGUGAUUAACUGUAGGAUUCUAUAAGAAAACAAGUAAAUAGCAACAACCAGUAGGGGAAUGAGAUAAUAACAACAGCCUAUUGGGGGGACUUAAGGACAUUUAUGUAGUGACUAUGACACUGACACUAGAAAUGAGGCUAUGAAUGCCACAUCAAACAUGAGAGCAGGAUACAAAUUGCCACCUUAGUGCAAUAACUGGUUAACUCCUAUUAAAUUCAGAAGGACUUAACCUGUUAAUGCAAUAAGGUGACGAAAUUUGAUUGGUUAAAAUUACCAGAUGAUUUCAUAGAUUAUUUCAAUUAAAAUUCUAGCUAUCAAAUUUGUUAAGACUUUUUUAUAUCCAUUAUACAAUGUAAACUAGAAAUCAAUUAUGAUAUUGUGAUAACAACCAGUGACUUUCCAUAGCAACCAUCAAUUUCCAUAGCAACAUAAUAAUGGAAUUGUAUAGCUAUAUCUUAUACACACAGCUUUUAUAGGGUAGAUUAGCCGAGAUUAAAUGUAUUAUUCCAUUCAAUUCUGGUGACUGAGAAAGAACAUGGGGAUGCUUUAAUGUAUCUGAUAUAACAAUACAUUUGAAUCAUAUUUAUUUUUGGAUUUAAAUCUUGUACUGAUUUGUGAUAUAUUUCAUUUUAAUUUAUUUAAAAAAACAUUGUCUUUUUACCGUCCAUUUUUUUCCAUUUCUUGUUGUUUUUUUUUGUAUUUAUUUGAUAUAAUAUCAAUGUACAGUAUUGUUAUAUUUAUUUAUCAUAAUGUAACAAUUUUGACAUUAUACAGGAUGGCCUAAACAAGGUUUGAACAUUAAUUAGCAUUUAAUUUAAUUGACUGUUAUAUAGUCGAAUGGUACUCAUACCUGUAUUUGGCAUUCAUAAUUGUGACUUAUUGUAAUUGUUAAAGACAGGUGGCUGUUUAAUUCAAGUAAAUACAAUGAGGAAAUAACAUUUUAUGAUAAAGAAGAUUGGCUUUUUAAAAUAAAUUUUAAUACAUAGUCUUUGUUACCAAAAUUUUAAGUUAGACCGUAAAAGCUUUGUUUAGCACAAUGUCCCUGACAUUUAGUUUAGAUAGUUGAUCACCAACCACUAAAACUGAGACCACUAAAGCUUAAUAAAAACUCCAUGUGUAAUGUAUAGGAAGUAUUCACUAACAUUUGAAACCUUACAGAAGGUAAUAUAUUUUUUGAACAUGGUUCCACAAAGUAAAAGCUUAUGAUGAUUUUGAUUUUAUUUUUAUUACCAGUAAAACAAAAAGGCCAAAUAUCUUGCAUGUAUUGUAUAUUGUAUUAAAAUGUUUUGAGGCACUACUACAUUAGAGUAGUGAUACCAUGUGAUAGCUUUUUAUGUAUUUAAUACUUAAUUUAUAUAAUGCUGUACAAAAUAAUGUACGGAUAUUUUUAACAAGUGUGAUAUUUUAAUCUACAUGUACAUUUUUUUAUACUGAAAAUAAAUAUUUAUGUAUAAA